GCCCUUAAGUUGGCUAAUUCCUUUAUUACUGAUGCUUCCCUAUAGGUUUUGAAGUUGGGAGCAAAGAUUUCAGGCUUUGCCAUCUUAGCUCGCUGAGCCUUAUGGUUAAAGCCUUGGUCUGUAGAUGUGUCAUCUAAGUCUAAACUACUAGCGAUUCCUUACAAGGGGAAGACCUUGUUUGGACCGGGCUUGAUGGAAAUAGUCUCUGAUAUCACGGGAGGAAAGGGUCAUCUUCUCCCUCAGGAUAAGAGAAACAAGCAAAAGAGACAUCAAAGUAAUUUUCGUUCCUUUCGAAAUUUCAAAGGAAAUUCUUCCGCUUCUGCCUCCAAGCAGGAACAGCCCAAACCCUCCUGUAGGCCCAAUCAGUCUUGGAAUAAAGGAAAACAAUCCAAGAAGCCUGCUAUUGAAUCAAAGAAAGCAUGAAGGGCAGACCCCCGAUCCGGGACCUGAUCUUGUAGGGUGCAGACUUUCCUUUUUCGCUCAGGCUUGGGCUCGUGAUGUUCAGGAUCCCUCUGCAGUAGAAAUAGUGUCCCAGGGAUACAAACUAGAGUUCAAACGUUUUCCUCCCAGAGGCAGGUUUCUGCUUUCAAGAUUAUCUGUAGACCAGACAAAAAGAGAGGCGUUCUAACAAUGUGUACAGGACCUCUCCAACCUGGGAGUGAUAGCUCCUGUUCCAAUACAGGAAUGAGGUCUGGGAUUUUAUUCCAAUCUGUUCAUGGUUCCCAAAAAAAGAGGGAACCUUCAGACCAAUUUUAGAUCUCAAGAGUCUAAACGGAGUACCGUCCUUCAAGAUGGAAACUAUUCGUUCCAUUCUUCCUUUGGUCCAAGAGGGUCAAUUUAUGAAAACUGUGGAUUUAAAGGACGCAAACUACAUGUCCCCAUUUACAGGGAUCAUCACAAGUUUCUAAGGCUUGCCUUUCUAGAGAAACACUUCCAAUUCGUAGCUUUUCCUUUCGGCCUUGCCACAACUCCCAGAAUUUUCUCAAAGGUUCUGGGAUCUCUGUUGGCGGUGCUUCAGUUACGGGGCAUUGCAGUGGUGCCCUAUCUGGACGACAUCCUGGUCCAGACGCCAUCCUUUCAACAAGCAAGGUCCCACACGGAAAUGUUGUUAUCCUUCCUGCGAUCUCAUGGAUGGAAGGUACAUUUGGAAAAGAGCUUCUUAGUUCCAAGUACAAGGGUAACCUUCUUGGGAACCAUAAUAGAUUUCCUCUCAAUGAAGAUUUUUUUGAUGGAAGUCAGGAAAUCAAAGAUUUUUGAUUCUUGCCUAGCGAUUCAGUCCGCUCCUCGGCCAUCAGUGGCUCAGUGCAUGGAGGUAGUCGGGCUGAUGGUAGCAGCAAUGGACAUCAUCCCGUUUACUCGUUUCCAUCUCAGAUCUCUGCAGCUAUACAUGCUGAGUCAAUGGGACGGAUAUUAUGCGGAUUUGUCGCCUCGAAUACAACUGAAGCAGGAGACUAGGGAUUCUCUUCAAUGGUGGUUGUCUCAGGAUCAUCUCUCCCAGGGAACCUGCUUUCACAGACCCUCUUGGGUAAUUGUGACAACAGACACCAGCCUUCUGGGAUGGGGAGCAGUCUGGGGUAGAACAGACUCUGAGUUUGGACUCAGAGUCUGUUCUACCAAUCAACAUUCUGGAACUAAGAGCGAUCUUCAAUGCUCUUCAAACCUGGCCCAAGUUAGCCUUGGCCCAGUUUAUUAGUUUCCAGCCGGACAACAUAACUUCAGGGGCUUACAUCAAUCAUCAGGGAGGAACGCAGAGUUCCUUAGCAAUGAAAGUGGUAGCCAAAAUAAUUCUGGGGGACGAAAACCCACUCUUGUUGUCUGUCGGCGAUCCACUUCCCAGGGGUGGACAACUGGGAGGCAGACUUCCUGAGCAGGCAGACCUUUCACCCGGGGAGUGGGAACUCCAUCCGGAAGUGUUUUCCAGCCUCAUUCUCAGAUGGGGUCAGCCGGAAUUGGAUCUCAUAACAUCUCGUUAGAAUGCCAAGCUUCCGAGGUACGGAUCGAGGUCCAGGGACCCUCAGGCUGUACUGAUAGACGCCCUGGCGGUACCUUGGACCUUCAGCCUAGCAUACCUAUUUCCUCCAUUCGCUCUUCUUCCUCGGGUCAUUGUUCGAAUCAAGCAGGAGAGGGCGUCAGUGAUCCUCAUUGCACCGGCUUGGCCUCGCAGGAUUUGGUAUGCAGAUCUGGUGGACAUGUCAUCUCGUCCACCUUGGAGACUUCCGUUGAGGAAGGACUUUCUACUUCAAGGGCCCUUCCUUCAUCCGAAUCUAGUUUCUAUGAAGCUGACUGCUUGGAGAUUGAACGCUUAAUUUUAUCCAAGCGGGGCUUUUCAGAAUCGGUCAUAGAGACCAUGAUUCAGGCUCGUAAACCUGUAACUAGGAAAAUUUACUACAAUAUAUGGCGUAAAUAUCUCUAUUGGUGUGAAUCCAAGGGCUACUCUUGGAGUAGAGUUAGGAUUCCUAUAAUUUUGUCUUUUCUCCAAGAGGGUUUGGAGAAAGGAUUAUCGGCUAGUUCCCUAAAGGGUCAAAUAUCUGCCUUGUGUAUUUUGUUACACAAGCGUCUCGCGGACGUACCAGACGUGCAACCUUUUGCUAGGCCUUGGUCAGGAUCAGGCCUGUGUUCAAACCAGUUACUCCUCCCUGGAGUCUUAAUUUAGUUUUUAAGGUUCUUCAAGGGGCUCCGUUUGAGCCUAUGCAUUCCAUAGAUAUUAAGUUGUUAUCUUGGAAAGUUUUGUUUCUUUUCUACCUAAGGUUGUUUCAGACAGGAACAUUAAUCAGGAGAUUGUUGUUCCUUCCUUAUGUCCUAAUCCUCCUCCUCAGAAGGAACGGCUUCUGCACAAUUUAGACGUGGUACCAGUGUUAAUUUCGUCGACUAAAACUAGACUAAAAUGAGUAUAAAACGAAAGAAAUUCUGAUGACUAAAAUACGACUAAAACUAAAAUGACAUUUUAGUCAAAAGACUAUGACUAAAACUAAAUCAAAAUUUGCUGACAAAAAAAUUUUAUGCAAAGUUUUGUAAUCAAUCCAUAUGCAGUUACUGCUCUUUUGUAAAAUUUACGAAACUUAAUUUUAUUAAAUUUUAAGAUAAAGACAUGUUCUAUACCACAACAGUUAAAUCUGUUAAAUCUGUAUUGCAUGUUCAAACCUUAAUACCAUAAAUAAAAACAGGUUAAUAAACAUUUACUCCAGGAGUACAUAAUAAGUUUGGAAGUUCUAGAGCAGUGCUAAUAUUGUUGCCAAACCUUUUUCGAAUCUGUGAACAAUCAAUUGAUUCUUCCUAUAGAAAUAAGCAUAACCCACGAGUAUGGGUUUAAGUUAUGCUGUGCUGUGCUAGCUGCAGAAACGUUUUGCUGUGUUAAGUUACUUGAUACUUGUUUUAAUUAUUAACAGAGAACUGUUAAAGGUUUUAUAUUGGGUAAUAUGUGCAAUACAGCCAAUACAGUUUUUUUUAUAUAUAUUUUAAAGUUGCACUUCUGUUUGUUUAUGAAACUUGGUUUUAUUUAAUUUUAAGUUUAAUAAAUAUGUUACAUAUCACAACGGCUAAAUUUGUGUCUGUAUUGCAGGUUUAAACCUUAAUACCAUAAAUAAAAACAGGUGUUAUGUUUACUCCUGGAGUAUAUAAUCAGUUUGCAAAUGAUAGAGACAUACUUAAAUAACGCAUUACACUUUAACUAAACCCCUUAGAUUUUAGUUGACUAAAAUCUACUGGAGAUUCAGUCGACUAAAACUAAAACAAUUCAGAUGACUAAAAUAUGACUAAAACUAAAAUGGCAUUUUAGUCAAAAGACUAAAUUGAAACUUUCCGUCAAAAUUAACACUGCGUGGUACAAGCCUUAAAAUUUUACUUGCAGGCUACUAAGGACUUUCGUCAGUCUUCUGCUUUGUUUGUGGUUUUCUCGGGAAAACGUAAGGGACAGAAAGCUACGGCUACUUCUCUUUCCUUUUGGCUGAAGAGUAUUAUUUGUUUUGCAUAUGAGACUGCUGGACAGCAGCCUCCUGAGAGAGUUACGGCUCAUUCCACGAGGGCUGUUGCUGCCUCAUGGGCAUUCAAGAAUGAAGCUUCUGUGGAACAGAUUUGCAAGGCUGCAACUUGGUCCUCUCUUCAUACUUUUUCAAAAUUUUACAAAUUUGAGGCCGCUUUUGGGAGAAAGGUUCUUCAAGCAGUGGUGCCUUCCGUUUAGGUUCCCUGUCUUGUCCCUACCUUAUCUGUGUACUCUAGCUUGGGUAUUGAUUCCCAAUAGUAAUUAGAUGAUCCUUGGACUCAUUGUGUCAUUAAAAAGAAAAGAAAAUGUAUGCUUACUUGAUAAAUUAAUUUCUUUUUUGACAUGAGUCCACGGCCCGCCCUGUUUUAAUAGACGGGUUUUUGGUUUAUUAUAAACUUUAGACACCUCUGCACCUUGUUACUUCCUUUCUCUCCUUUAUAUUGGUCGAAUGACUGGGUUGGGAGGGAAGGGAGGUGAUAUAUAACAGCUUUGCUGUGGUGAUCUUUGCCGCCUCCUGCUGGGCAGGAGUGAUAUUCCCAAUAGUAAUUAGAUGAUCCGUGGACUCAUCGUGUCAAAAAGAAAUACAUUUAUCAGGUAAGCAUACAUUUUCUUUUUAAGCAGAUUCUUCACUCAGGCGAGUAGUCUGAACCAGGAGGUUUCAACGAGAUCACACAGCGAAGGGGUCUCCAGAUAUAGAUCUCAUGGAGUCUCGUCUCAAUUUCAAACUACCAAGAUAUGGUUCGAGAUCGAGGGACCCGCAUGCAGAGUUGGUGGACGCAUUAGCAGUUCCCUGGGGUUAUGGACUAGUUUAUCUAUUCCCCCCAAUUCUUGUUCUUCCACGUGUCAUAGCACGUCUCAAACAUGAGAGAGUAUCAGCGAUUCUUCUGGCUCUGGCGUGGCCACGUAGGACUUGGUACGCAGACCUCAUAAAAAUGUCAUCUGCUUCCCUAUGGCGUCUUCCUCAAAGGCCAGACCUUCUACCUCGGGUUCCAUUUUUUUUAUCAAAAUGUAGUUUCUCUGAGGCUGACUGCAUGCAGAUUAAACUAUUGUUUUUGACUCAGAUAGGAUUUUCUUAGUCUGUAGUUGAUACCCUAAUUCAGGCGUGUAAGCCUAGCAUUAGACAUAUAUAUCAUAAUGUGUGUGGAAAGUGUAUCCGUCUUGAUUUGCGAAGCGGGGAUUCUCCUGACGCAGUGUGAAGACUCCACGUAUUCUUCAGCUUCACCAAGGUUUGAAGAAAGGUCUAGUUCUCUUAAGGGCAAGAUUUUGUCUUUGUUUUGUUGCAUAAAAGUUGGCACAUUUGUUAAUGAUUGGUUCAAGCUAUAGCUCAUAUGAGACCGGUCUUUAAACCUAUUGCUCCCCCUUGAACCUAUGCAGUCUACUGAUAUUAAGUUAUUUUGGAAGGUAUUAUUUCUUUUGGCGAUAUCUGUUACUGUGUCUUUAUCAAAUCUGUGGAGAAAGACCAUAAACUAGCAGUCAUAAACUACCUCCCUUUUCGGCUUCUCCAUGCUGAAAAUGCAACCCCCCCAGCUCUCUUCCCUGCAAGGUUCAGCAGGGGAGUUAGUAAGCAGGGUUUUCAGCUGUACCUCCUGCUUCUUGCACUUCUCAGCCAUAGCGUGCAUAACGUUUUACCCAAUGUGACAACUGGCACCUGAUCAGGGCACAUUUUUAGGUGAUUGGCAAGCAACCGUUCUAAUGAGCAAUAUAAGUAGCCUCAGUGCUCAGCUGGGUGCAUAGCGGCUCAUUAAAAAUGGGUAGGGGGAAGUAGGAGGGAUAUUUGAAUGUUCUGUCUUUGCCUCCUCCUGGUGGCCAGGUGAUGUAUUUCCCUUUAGUAAGAAUAGAAAUUUGUGGACUCUCACUACCAAGAAAAAAAAAUGUAUUCAUUAAGAAUAAAUGAUAUUGUAUGCUUUUCUGAUAAAUGUAUUUCUUUUAUGGUGGUAAGAGUCCACAAGACCCCACCCUAUUUAUUUGUUCCUCUUAUUCCUUUUUCCUAUCUCUUUUGCUUGGCUACACGUUAGACCAAGGUUCCAAUGAGGUGGGAGGAGUUUUAUAGAGCUAUUGGGUUUUGGGAACCUUUGCCGCCUCCUAGUGGUAAAGAAAGGUAAUUCCCAGGAGUAAUGGAUCGUGGACUCUCACCACCAUUUGAGUAAUUAAUUUAUCAGGUAAGCAUAAUGCACAUUUACUAAAGCUAUGCAUUGUUUCUCCCUAGGUGUACAUAUCGGUCUAUUUUGUGGGCCAUAUAACCUUUUUAUUGCUGCUCUUUGCGCUGCCUUAUCUGCGCAGGGUCCUGGUGCAAAGAAAGGAGGAUGUGCAGAAAUCACAAUGACCACGUCCUAUGAUUGUACAUCACUCCUCGCCCUGCCUUCCUCUGCCUCAGUAUUGAGGGCUGUUUAUUAUUAAGGAUUGGGGGAGCAGGAGCUCCUGACAUGAAUGAUAGAAGUUUUUUUAAUGACGUGUACUGAUUACCGAUGCCAAUAACCCUGCAGGGAGAGGGGGACACCACAUUUUAUAGACUUUUCUACUUUCUUGGACCUUCCUGGAGUCUGUACUUGAAUAUAACCGGAUUCUGAAGAUUCUGCUACCACAAGUGAAGUUGCUCACACUCUGCUCCCUGGACCAUAAUGAGUGCACCUAGCUGGAUUUAUCCAGAGUGCGACUCACUGAACCCUUCCCGGGCACAGUCCUGGUAGAGUGCUGCUUACAGUGCUUUACUCAGACACAUGAUCGUGUGGGUAGAUCUCCUGAUCUCUUUCAGAUCUCUGUGUUAGCACUGACUAGUUAAGCUCCAUAGGCCAGGAUUAUUGUGAUUAAAUGCUGGAGACAAGUGCCUGAAUUAGCAGCUGUAUCUCUUGUGACUGAGUAGUCAUUAAUUCUAGGAAAACAUCUGUGGCAGGAGCUCUAUGGAACAACCAGGGUCUUCUGCUGAGGCCCAGGGGAACUGCACGAUGGGAUAGCUGGGGGGGCUGCAGGUUUUAAGUGGGAAGCUCAGAGUGGAAGCUAUGAGGUUAAUUUCUUUUAUCAAAUAUGCCUCUGUGCCAGGGUCUUAGGUCGGUGCCUUGACAUGGAUGCCAUGUAUAUACUAUCACAUAAAUUCCCAAAGUCUGUUGAGGCUUUAUAUAAUCAUUUGUAGAGGAGACUUCCUCCAACAUAAGAGAUUUCUAUUAAAUGUUUGUGUGUCUGGUGUUUUACUUUGGCCAGUAUACUUGCAGCUCUGCAGAUUAAGUUUGGAAUCUGAGGAACACCAUGGCCCAGUAACCUUUUCAAUGAAUGCAUUAGUUCUGUGCCGACAUUAAUACUAAGGUUGCACCAGAUACAUUAGCAUCACUCAAACGGCAGAAAGGCUCAGCUUACAAUUUGUUGUUAGUCACUAACAUAAAAGGUUUAGGCAAUCUGGGUGCCUGUUUUUUUGGUAUAGAGUCAUGGGCACCCCCAUAACCUAUAUAUUCAUUGUAAAAUCCUGAGCCACUCAGCUUCCCAAAUUCAUAGUGCUACAGAAUAAGGAUCCUUGAUUGGCUGAAGCAAUCCGGAGAUAACCGAAAUCUAGGCCUAAAUCACAUCCUGCCUUUACCGCAGCACUGCCACCUCUCUAACUAGAGUUGCAAUAAAGCGCUCUGCCAAGUAA